AUGGCCGCCACAGUUGAAUCUAUUCUUGAUGUCGAAAUGACAGAUGUAUCAAAUCUCCAAGAACAAAAAGACACUGCGGCUAUCCAAGAAAUAAGGGACCAAAUUCGUCUGAUUGAGAAGGCCGUUCAAACGAAAGAAACGCGUUUCAUGUUGCGUGUCUUACGAACGUGGUCUGUCACCCGUCGCAAGCUCAAUUCUGUGGUCUUGUGGUCCGUCAUUAAUGAUUUCUACAUACACUGUGCUUCCGACAAAGACCUAUUAUUGUCAUAUAUUACUAUGCCGACUCAACUACCAGAAGAAAUCAAGAUGUACUCAGGUAAAAAUGCCACAGGGGUACUACUCCCUGAAAUCGACGGCUAUAUCCGCUUGCUAGUGUUAGUACAACUUAUUGAUAACAAUGAUUACAAAAAGGCCGUAGAAUUUUCUGAUUUAUUGAUGGUUAAAUUAAUUGAAACAACUAGAUUUACGCUAGAUUUGAUUUCUGCUAAAGCAUAUUUCUAUCAUAUGAGAUGUUACGAACUAACGGAUCAAUUACAUAAAAUUAAAGGGUUCCUUUAUAGUCGCCUUAGAACGGCAACUCUUAAAAAAGAUUAUGAAGGACAAGCCGUGCUCAUUAACUGCCUGUUGCGUAAUUAUUUGCACUAUAAUCUAUAUGAUCAAGCUGAUAAGUUAAUUCAAAAAUUAGUUUUUCCGGAAAAAGCAAGUAAUAAUGAAUCUGCUCGUUUCUUUUACUACCAAGGUCGUAUUAAGGCCAUCCGUCUUGAAUAUUCCAUUGCACAUAAAAAUUUAAUUCAAGCUUUGCGCAAAGCGCCAGAAAAUACAGCAGUUGGCUUCAGACAGAUAGUACAGAAGUUUGCCAUCACAGUGGAAUUACUAUUAGGUGACAUUCCCGAAAGGCAUAUAUUUCGUCAAGCCAGUUUGCGUAAGGCAUUGGUACCAUACUUCAGACUUACCCAAUCAGUCCGCUUAGGAGACAUGGCAAUGUUUAGUGAAACAUUGGAGAACUUUAAGGAAAAUUUCCUUAGUGACCAUACUUACAUGUUGGUUGUACGUUUACGUCAUAAUGUCAUCAGAACUGCUAUUAGAACUAUUGGCGAGUCGUAUUCACGUAUUUCAGUCGAUCAUAUUGCUGAAAAGCUUGGGUUGGAUUCUUCUGAAGAUGCCGAAUUUAUUGUUUCCAAGGCUAUUAGAGAUGAUGUUAUACAAGCAACCAUUGAUUCUGAACACGGGUAUGUGCUUAGCAAAGAACCAGCUGACAUAUACAGUACACUCGAACCCCAGUUAGCUUUCCAUCAACGUAUAUCCUUUUCUUUGAAUUUGCACAAUAAAAUUGUUAAGGACAUGCGUUAUCCUCAUGAAUCAUUUGACAAGGAUUUGGAGUCAGCCAAGGAACGUCGUGAACGCGAACAACAAAAAAUGGAAUUAGCAAAAAAGAUAGCAGAAGAAGAUGACGAUGCAUUCCUUUGA